UUAACCUUAGUAAUACUGGUUCUAGGAAACCAGUCCAUAGUAACUACAUAGAAACCAUUCCCAUAAGUGAUUUAAAAAGAACAAUAAUGAGACCGAGGAAUGGGAUUCUUCCGAAAUGCUCACCAAGUGGAGGAACUGCCAAUUAUAGUGUGAGAAAUGACAUAACAAGUGAUGUUAAUGUUAUAUGUAAUUCCUGUUAUAAGACCAGAGGCAAAUGUUAACUCACGCAUCACAUUUUGGGCAGGCUCACAUUGGACACUCCUGCCACAGGGCAGGGUCCCUGUGGGGUGAUGAUAGUGGUGUACCAAACAUCACCUUAAAUGCAAUCACAGGGGCGUUCGUGCCAGUCCUUCUGUAGUAGUCUUGUAGAUGUUAGUGUAAACAUGCCAGCGCCCUGGCUCUCGCUGCUGCCAUGAGGAUCUGCAGGUCGCCCUGAUGGAGCACCAAGUUCCCGUGCAUGUUGGUGCAUGGGACUGGCAUCACAGAGCCAGGCUGUCGUUCUGUCCACGUACCUGGAGAUGGGCGCUGUGAAGCUCAGGGGCUGCUCUGCCGUGGAGCUGGGGGCCGGCACAGGGCUGGUGGGCAUCGUGGCUGCCCUGCUGGGUGCUCAUGUGACUGUCACGGAUCGAAAAGUAGCAUUAGAAUUUCUUAAAUCAAACGUUCAAGCCAACUUACCUCCUCAUGUCCAAACCAACACUGUUGUUAAGGAGCUGACUUGGGGACAAAAUUUGGAGAGUUUUUCACCUGGAGAAUUUGACCUGAUACUUGGAGCUGAUAUCAUAUAUUUAGAAGAAACAUUCACAGAUCUUCUUCAGACACUGGACUAUCUCUGUAGUGAUCACUGUGUAAUAUUGUUAGCUUGCCGAAUUCGCUAUGAACGGGAUAACAACUUCUUAGUGAUGAUGGAGAGGAAAUUCACUGUGAGUAAGGUUCACUAUGAUCCUGAAAAAGAUGUACACAUUUACAAAGCACAGAAGAGAAGCCAGAGGGAAGAUUUAUAAUAGGGUAUUAAGAAUAUUGGCCCUUGGGCCGGGGAGAUGGCUCAGUGGAAUAAGUGCUUCCCUGGCAAGUGCAAGGGCCUGAGUUCAAUCCCUGGUUCUGCUCCCCCACCCCCCAGAAAAAAGAAUAUUGGCCCUAAGGUCAAUUAAGGUCUUAGCCUUAAUUUGGAAUCUAACCAUAUUUAAUGAGGUGGCUUACUGUGUCUAAAGAAGGGAGUCUCAGAACAAAGCCCACACGCAGUUUUAAAACAGCAGGGCUUUAUUCCAUUGUGAUUCUUAGGCAUAUCUUACUGCUCUGAAAUUCAGUUAACAUUAAAGUGUGAGAUUAUGGGUUA